CGACGCUGUCUCUCUCCCAACCACAGAAUAUCUUGGCUGUCCCGUGGUUGUGCUGCAGCUGCGGGUUGGUGUGUAGUGGUCGCUGAAUGCAUGGUUUCCACUGAUAUAGCCCGACUUGUAGCUGCAAAACGGGUAACAUUGGCAGUCGAAACGGCUUUUUAGGCUUUAUGUUUUAGAACUAAUUUUUUUUUGAAGUAGUACAACCAUGGGCGUGGAAGUCGAGACAAUAUCUCCCGGCGAUGGAAGAACAUUUCCAAAGAAGGGCCAGACAUGUCUUGUUCAUUACAUAGGUAUGCUGCAGAAUGGGAAGAAGUUUGACUCCUCCCGAGACAGGAACAAGCCGUUUAAGUUCAAGAUCGGAAGAGGCGAGGUCAUCAAGGGCUGGGAGGAAGGAGUAGCACAGAUGAGUCUGGGCCAGAGGGCAAAAAUCACCUGCACACCAGAUGUGGCUUAUGGAGCGACGGGUCACCCCGGGGUCAUCCCCCCCAGCGCCACACUUAUAUUCGACGUGGAACUGCUCAAGCUGGAGUGAUGCCUGAAGUUAAAUACAAAGGUUGAAGCUUAAUCAGGCUGCGUUCACCACAACCUGUUUCCACAGGGAGACCAUACCAGGCUGCUGCCUCCCACCAUCCACCUACUCUUCUUUGAUUUCUACUGUCUUUUUUAGUUCAGUAUUUAAAAGUUUCUGCUGCUGCUUUGUUGCCAUCUUUUCAUAAUAGAUCCUGCAAGACUUUUUUCACAUACAACUGUUUGUUUCUGUUUUAGUCAGAGAUGCUAUUUGUUUAAUUUCAUUUAAAGUUGUAAAUUUUGUUGAACCAUGAGGAAAUCGGUCAUCUGAUAAAAAGUCGUACUACAUUGCAAUCAAAACAUAUACUGCCUUACAGUUUCAAUAACAGAGGAAGGGUACAUAUGUUGAAAGUACGUCACUUAUGCUCUGUAUCUUAACUGGGCAUUAUAUACCACUGUCUGCAUUGCCACUUUGAUAAAGGUUUGUCCUGCUGAAUGCUCUGAAUGAUGUUGCUAUAUGUAGUAUGUUUUAUAUCCCUCAUGAACAUUUACUGCAAGUGUACCCUACACUAUAUAACCCAAUCCAAUACUGUACAGUACUCUAUGAGAGCCGCCACUAUGACAGUUUAUCGACCAACUCUUGAAUAAAAAUGGCAUGUAUUGUGUUGAA